AUGGCCUCUGCCUUGGAGGAAUUUAAAGUCCAAGGUCACUCCCCGGGGCAUAAGAAUUACUACUCAUCCCUCAGGCCUCAGCUCGAAGGUUUCUUCUCUAAGAAGCCUGCCCGGCACUCGACAGGCCGAGCCGGGCGCCUUAUCCUGGGGGCCCCGUGCCCCCUCAGUCUGGGCAGAGAUGACACCCGAAGUCGGCGAGUGUGCCCGCCCCGGCCCCCUCGGGUGCAGGAGCGAAGCCGAAGUGCGCAGUUAUGGCGUCCACGUGCUGGGCCUGCGCGGGAUUGGGCGCCUGCUCCUCAGACGGGAAGACUUUACCUCCAUGAAGCCAGGAGACCCUCGGAGCUCCACAGGCCUCUUUCCCGGCGCUUCCCGACGCGCCCCACCCCUCCCUCCCACCUGCACAUCCGGUUCCGGCGUGGGCCGGAAGUGGGCGGGCGGCGGCGGCUUCGCGCGGAGGAGGUGGAGGAGGUGCCGGGUGGCAGCUUCCCGCCCCCGAGCCGGAGCCGGUUCCGAGCGGAGUGGAGUGGAGGUCUUCCCCGGAGCGUAGCUGCACGAGCGGGCGCCGAGCCCCCGCCAUGGCCCGGAACACGCUGUCCUCGCGCUUCCGUCGGGUGGACAUCGACGAAUUUGACGAGAACAAAUUCGUGGACGAACAGGAGGAGGCGGCGGCGGCGGCGGCCGAGCCAGGCCCGGAUCCUAGCGAGGUGGACGGGCUCCUGCGGCAAUAUCCUUCUCCCGCGCGGCGGCCCGGACUCCCCUUUGGCCCGGCCUUCCCACUUCCCUCAUCCCCGGCUCCGGCCCUUCAGGCCGACCUCCCCACUCCUCUCAGCCCCGGACCUCUCAGGGGACAUGCUUCGGGCGUUUCAUGCAGCCUUGCGGAACUCUCCCGUCAACACCAAGAAUCAAGCUGUGAAGGAACGGGCCCAGGGCGUGGUGCUGAAAGUGCUUACAAAUUUUAAGAGCAGCGAAAUUGAGCAGGCUGUGCAGUCACUGGACAGAAAUGGCAUUGACUUGCUCAUGAAGUACAUUUAUAAAGGGUUUGAGAAGCCCACAGAAAAUAGCAGUGCAGUGUUACUCCAGUGGCAUGAAAAGGCAUUAGCAGUAGGAGGACUAGGCUCCAUUAUAAGAGUUCUUACAGCAAGAAAGACUGUUUAAAAAAAAAAAAAGACUCAUGUUACCUUGAGAAGAAUUUUGGAUGCACAGGCUGUUGAAGAAGGGAUUGACAAUGGACCAUCUUCCUCAGAACUCCCAAGUAAACUAUUUCAGGACAUGCAUCCGCUAAAGUGUAUUUUAUUUUCAAGGUGGAGGGAGAAAUCGUCUUACUGUUUCCUAAAUCCUUUGCAGGAUCUGAUAGUCUAUGCCUUUGUCCACAAGUAAUGCAGAACUGACAUUGUGACUGUCUACCAGAGUGGCUGGCCCGCAUUGGUCAGGUGUACCUGUGUGCACUGCCUGUGUAAAAGUGGGGAAGGAUGACUUGGGCAGGUGCAGAUUCAAGGGGUGUGGUAAAAAAGGGAGAGCUUGGUUUUUGUUGAAGUGGAAAACCCCCAAGGGUCUGUACAGACAUCCCGACCUCCCAAAGAAGGCGGGCUCUCUUGGGUUCAUUGUAAAGUGCCUGCUGCAUCAAUAAAGCUCUUGGCUUAUUAGUAUAUACUCUGCAGUGUGUUUCAUGUAUAUAAAAGAAAUGGGUAAUGGAUGGUAAUGAAUGAGAGGUCGCCUGUUCUGGAAACUGGAAUGGAGGGGGUAGACGUGUGUCCCCGCCGAGCCAUGGGAGCGAGCGUGGCAUUCCAGCCCUCCUGCCACAGCAGUACCUCAGGCCUGGGCUGCAGUGCUGCUGGCUGCUACAGAGAGCUGUUUUGCUGAAUAACUAUUUAUUGUUUUUACUUCUUUCAUUUGUGUGUAGUUUUGGAGCUUAUUUAAUAAAGUGCCAAACAUUCAAUAAUUGA